CAAAAACAAUGAGAAUGCUGAAUGGCAACUCGACUCCUCCGCCGAUGACUCCUCAUCCGACUCGUCGAGCGAUGACUCGUCAGACAGCAGCUCUGACGAGGAGGGCGAAGUUGAGGACACAACCCUGGAUCCUGAGGAGCAAGCUCGCAUCCUGAUGGAGGGUGAUAUUGAUGAGGAACCUGCGACUGCCGAAGUCUUGCGAACCAAGAACGAGGCCGAAGAGCAGUACAAGAAGCCAGAUAUCGCAAUCACAGAGGGCAUGAAGAUCACCGAACUGGGCAAUGUCGAAAACAUCGUCGACAAUCUUAUUGUCGUCAGGGCCAACAUUAGUGGGGAAUACCAAGUCCUGGAAUCGGGGUCGCUGCUCUGCUUAGGAGAUAGGAGCGUAGUUGGCGUUGUUGCCGACACAAUUGGAAGAGUCCACGCGCCGUUAUAUUCUGUUGGAUUUCCCGAUCCUGCGGAUGUCGCAACUAUGGGAAUUGCGAAGGGCACCACGAUAUUCUACGUGGACGAACACUCAACCUUCGUAUUCACGAAACCGCUUAAGGCUAUCAAGGGUACCGAUGCAUCCAAUGUUCACGAUGAAGAGACAAACGACGUUGAAUUUUCUGAUGAUGAAGCUGAAGCAGAGUACAAACGCGGCUUGAAGAGAGCUAAACUAGCCAGAGCCGACUCUCGGCGUGAAGCUGAAGCUGAACACGACCGACCUGUGCGAAGAGACUCGCCUCCAGCUAACCCUAUGGCAGCACAGCAACAUCAGGGCGGCGGCUUGAACUAUAGUGAUGAAGAUGAGGAUAUGGGCAUGUACAAACCGCUGACCAGACCGGACCACUUCGAGGACAUUGUUGGUGCAGGCGCUCCUAUCGAGGACCGGAGCCAUGUUCGUAGAAAUGGCCCUGGGCGGCUGAAUAGGGGUCGAGGCGACCGUGGACAUGGAGGUCACGGAAGAGGAGGUCGUGGAGACCAUCGUAGUCCAGGUCGAGGCCGAGAUCGACAACGCAAUAGGGGUGUUGGAGGACAGCGUCAGCAGCCCCCCCAGCAACAGCAGCGUCAACAACAACCGCCGCAUGCGCCGCAGAAUCAACAGAAUCGGCCGCAACCACAGCAGAAUCAGCAGGGUCGUCAGCAACAACAGCAGAAUCAGCAAGGUCGUCAGCAACAGCCGCAGAGUCAACGGCAGCAUCAACAACAGCAACAGGGACGUAACCGUCCUGCCGACAAUUUCAGUGGUGGAAACAGGAGCGGCCCGUCUCGCUCGCCAGCUGAUAAGCAUCGACGACCGAACCGUCGAGAGAGGAAUCGGACUUCCGGCUCUCCCAUGCAGCAACGGAAUCACCCUCCCAACGCAAGGCAGAGGUCUCCACCGCGUGGACCACGAGCAGCGGCGGCAUCGUCUCCGGGAUCCUCUCAGCCGUACUCUGCACCACCAACCAGCUCAUACUCUACGGCGUCCUACACUAACCCGCAGGCAUUUGCUUGGAACCAAAACAGUCUGCCCGUCUCUGCUGCGCAGACUACACAACAUGCCCCAUACCCUCAGUUCUCUCAGGGCCCUCCUAAUCCGAGCGCAUCAAUCCCAGUGGGUGCUUUUGUGAAUCCCCACUUCCAACCACAGCAACCCCAGGCCUCCGUCCCAGCUCCGGCGUAUUCUUUCCAGAACCCAUGGCAAGUGCCUCAGCAGCAAGCACCACAGCAGCAGGCUGCUGCCCAGCCUAACUGGGCAGCGUUGGCUCAGCUCUUCCAAGCAGCGCAGCAAAACCAAAUGCCGAGCCAGCCUCAGCAGAGUCACACGCCGACUCAGGACCCGCGCGCAAGUUACGCUCCACCGGCGGUCAACGCCCAGCCGCAGCAAGACUCGCAGGCUGCUUUUAGGGCGGCACAGCAGCAGCUAGAACUCCUUCGCGCACUGAACAGGGGCCAGGGGCAGUAGUGGCCUCGUUUUGGGGCGUUGUACUUCCUAUAUAUAUUUAUCCGUGUAUCACCUAUGCGUGGGAAGGAAGAUCAGAUUGAGGCGUCAGGUUUCUUGGUGCAUAUUCAGGGAGCGACUGCUCUCCAGGGUCCUGUCAAAGUAAUUUCGUAGUGACUGCGCUACGAGCUCAUGUGUGCUGAUUGGGGAUGAAGUUCUAGAACAACAGUCUGACUUGUUUGCCACAACUGCCUGGAGUGCUUUCAUACGACUGCGAACAUCUGAGCGGAUGUAGGCUCGUCCUGACCCGCCUGUUAAUCGUGAAGGACAGCCCCCGAAACACAUCAAGAUGCUUCAGGAUGUCGCAUGUAUCAAUGGAGUUGGGAGAUUAUAUCGAAACGGGUUGAAUGGCGGGUAUAUAGCCUGAUUCUCUG